CAUCUUGUUAAAAACUUUGGCUAAAUACAAUGAUGAAACUUUGGCCGAAAUUAAGAGAACUAGAAAUUGUCAUUUCAUUAAUUACGGAACUAAAACCAAGAUCAUCAAGCUUUUUAGCCAGUAUGCCAGGAAAAGUGAGGUCAAAUUGCUUGUUUCUCAAUCCGACCUUUAUCAACUCUCUAUCCCUAACACGGAAAUCCGCUUGAUCGGUGCUUUACAGCCUAAUUAUUUUCACGCCAAAGAAAAAGUUUAUAACGAUUUAUUUUCAGUAUUAUUUAUUGACUUUGACCAUUCUUUACAUAAAAAUAUUGGUAAAUUAAAGGCUAAACGA